GAGAUCUGAUGUCUCUGAUCUGACUGAGCCAAACUGUGUUUCUUUCUGCCCUGAUCUGAGCAUCUUUCCCUAGUUCUGGGCUCCAGGGUCAGGGUGGGUUUCUUUAGCCAGUCCCUUUUCCCUACAGCGAGGCCUCCCAGCCACCUCGCCUGGGUUAGAGCACAGCAUAGUCAUGAGGUCCCUGUAAGGUGGGCAGGAGCCCUGAGGGCUGACAGCCCCCAACACCCUUAGUGGCAGGAUUAGGCCCCAGGUCUUGCCAAACAGAGGCCAGGGCCAUGAGGGCAGGUGGAGGAAGAAGUUGAAGCUUUCAUUUGCAAUGCCGUUGGCCUGGUUAAACUUUGAAGAAAUGAUUACUAAACCUUUUUCUAUUAAAUGACUCCUAGUCACACUUUAAUUCUAGUCAGAGUGACUUCUCUCUCCCCCUCCUUGCUUCCCGAGCCUGUUUUUUGCUUUUUGUUUUUCUCUUUCUGGGAGCCAGGGUCUGCUGUGUCUCUGAGAGGACCCCGAGGCCUGCAGAUUACAGCAGAGGGUUCCAGGUCUGAGGGUGAGCCGCCCCUAAAAACAGCCAGCAGGCAGAUACCAAGGAGCCUUGGUCGGCUCUGACUGGGUGACACAGUGUCCUGACGUGCACCCGGAAAGAUGGGCGUGGGCAGAGCUGUAGGGGAAGGAGGCUCAUCGGACUGACCGGGGGUCCCGGGCCGGCCUCUGUGAACUGGCAGUUGCAUGGUGAUACCCAGGAGAAAUCCAUGGGGUUUUCUGAACUCCUGGACCGAGUAGGGGGCCUGGGCAGGUUCCAGGUCCUCCAAACCGUGGCUCUGGUGACCCCCAUUUUGUGGGUCACCAGCCAGAACAUGCUGGAGAACUUCUCAGCUGCUGUGCCCCGCCACCGCUGUUGGGUGCCCCUUCUGGACAACAGUACUGCCCAGGCAAGUGUCCCCGGGGACUUUGGGCCCGAUGACCUUCUGACCGUCUCCAUCCCCCCUGGCCCUGCUCAGCAACCCCACCAGUGCCUCCGCUUCCGUCAACCUCAGUGGCAGCUUAUGAAGACCAACACCACGGCCACCAACUGGAGUGAGGCCGACACUGAGCCGUGUGAGGACGGCUGGGUCUAUGACCGCAGCGUCUUCACGUCCACGAUCGUGACCACAGUCUUGCGGUCAGCCACGCAGGAGGAGCCAAGUGGGGACCAAACCCGCGCCACGAUAGGCACCCUACUCCACACACCUAGGCUGCGCCUUCGAACCUUCGUCUCCAUGCUGUGCUGGUUUGCCUUCGGCUUCACCUUCUACGGCCUGGCCCUCAACCUGCAGGCCUUGGGGAGCAACAUCUUCCUGAUCCAGGUGCUCGUCGGGGUUGUGGACCUCCCGGUGAAGAUAGGCAGCCUGCUGCUGCUCAACUACCUAGGCCGACGUCUCUGCCAGGCCAGCUCCCUGGUGCUGCCAGGACUCUGCAUCCUGGCCAACAUACUGGUGCCCCACGAGAUGGAGGUCCUUCGCUCGUCCUUGGCUGUGCUGGGGCUGGGGUCACUGGGGUCCGCCUUCACCUGUGUCACCAUCUUCAGCAGUGAACUCUUCCCCACUGUUCUCAGGAUGACAGCUGUGGGCCUGGGCCAGGUGGCAGCCCGAGGGGGAGCCAUCCUAGGGCCUCUGGUGCCGCUGCUAGGUGUCUAUGGCUCCUGGCUGCCCCUGCUGGUGUAUGGAGUGGUGUCAGUGCUAAGUGGCCUGGCUGCACUGCUCCUGCCUGAGACCAAGAACUUACCACUGCCCGACACCAUUCAAGACAUCCAGAAACAGUCAGUGAAGAAGGUGACACAUGACAGAGCAGGCCAGUCCACCCUGAUGUCUACAUGGCUGUAGCCUCCUGAGAGUCUAUGACAGGACUGGAGGAGGAGGACCAUGGUGACCAAGACAGGAGGAGAAGAUAGAGAGGGAGAGGGAAAGGAAAGGGUAGAGCUGGCGAUGGCGGGAAAGGCGCCCGCCGCCAGGCCCGACCAUAGGAACUCCAUUCCCGGGACACACACGGGCUGAUAGGAGAGAGCUGACUGCCAAAGCUGUCUUCCGACCUCCACAUGGACAGUGACCCCUCCCCCAGUGAUACACACAAAUAAAUAAUUUAAUAAAAAGGGGGGAGAAUGAAAAGGAGGAAGAAGAGAAGGAGAAGGAAAGAGAAAGAGAGAGUAAGGAAGGAGGAAGAGGAGCAGGAAGAAGGAGAGGAGGGAGAAGAGGAGGGGAUGAGGGAAGAGGAGGAGGAAAGGAUGGUUCUUCUAUCCCCUGCCGACAGCCACGGGAAGCAAAGAGCUCCGUUUCCAGGGGUCCCUUUAGAGGGCUGCCUUUCUGGACCUCCCUCUAACAGAGUUUGAGUGACAGAGGCUGCCCCAAACACUGCCAUUACCGACUCCCCCAUGAGGCUGCACACCAGAGAGAGGCCGAGGCCCCGGGACACGUCCCACUGCUCACUGCCCCAGCUGCCCCAGGACUCAGAACUGACCAUCCUCUUCUUUAGUUCAGCACAAGCGCAGGGGUCUCAGCUUCUCAGUGUCACUGAGGCCCUUGGUCAGCUGACCUGACCUCUCUCCAACUCUCCCCACUCCAGUCACGUGCCUAUCAACAAGCUCUGCCUGGGUCUUCUUCCUGCCUUCCCACUUGACACUCUCCUAAGCCUUUCAGACCCACCCUGGGGCCUUCCUUCCAAGGUUCAGGGCCAGCCCAUGACUCUGGUGGCAUUGUAUCCAUGGUUAGGGCUACACAUCUGCCUCUUCUCACCCUCCAGCAAGUAAGUUCCCUGAGGGUCACUGGUCCCCUGCCCCACAUCCUCACUCAUGCAUAGAGCCUGUUGGAAGGUGGGAUGAGGGACUGGCUAAAGAGAAAAUUAAAUGAAUGACAGCCUCUCCUGGGCGCCUGAGGAUCUGCAAGAGUCUACAGGGUAGGAGGAAGGCCUUCUCACCAUAGACUUUCCCAAGGUUGGCUUUCCUGUGUUCUGGACCAGGUUUGGGGCCGCUGUUACCAGCCCCUUUCAUGGUCCUUCUCACAUCAUAGCUCUCUGCAUCUUGUGAUGUACUAUCCUUUCUCACAGAUGGGACAACUGAGGCCUGGGGAAACAGACUGCCCAUAACACAGUCUCUGUCUGUACGUCUCCUGAGCCCUGCCCUGGCCACGGUGCCAUCUAGGAAAAUAGGAAUGCAUGCAACAAGACCUCUGUCCCUCUCAAAACCAGCCAGGACUCUGGGUUCUGCUGGGACUGCUCACAAGAAAGGCCAUGCAGUGUCCCAGAGACAGUGUGCUGCUCAGUGGCUCAGUAGCUGGCCCACCAGUCCGCAUCCACCUGUGUGGCGGCUCUCAGGUACCUCACAAAAGGCUGCAACACACACGUGUACACAUGUGUACACAUGACAAAAGGUGGGUGGGAAACAGAAACAGACCUGCCUGACAUGUUGGUCCUGCAGGCUUGCUCCUCAGCUGCAGCUCCUGAGCCUCUGGGAGAUUAUGUCCUUUGGCCAUUUACACACACACACACACACACACACACACACACACACACACACACUUCCUAGUGAUACUCCCCAGACAGAGGGUAGAUUAUAUUUAUACCACCCGAUGUCUCAGGACAUCUGUUCUGUCACUCCAGAACUGGCUGCAUUUUAUUUUUUUUGGGGGGGGGGGGCGGCUACAGGAUGCCUAGAAGCUUCCAGAAGGCAGAGCUCAGCAGAGAGAGGGAUCCUUCUCUCUCCCACAGUGUUCUGGCUCCACAAACAGACAGAGAUGUUCCUCCAUCCAUAUUCGGAAUGGCCACCCCGGUCAGGACAAAGGGUUCUGUCACUCUAAUGAGUGACAGCAUCAGUGUGUCUGAAGAGUCACCUGACAAAAGGCAGUGGCUGAACUCGGGCUGUUGCCCAUACCCAUUUGAGAUAUGCCCUCUUUUUUAUGCCUACUGUGGGAGUUUCUAACCUCAAAGCUGUUGGGAUUCCAACAGUGGAGGAGCCAAGAGAACCUUUUGGAAAGGUAAACUGAGCCAAUAGCCACAUCCAGAAACCUUUCUUUAGAAAACAAAGCCCUUGAGCGACAAGUCUUGAUUCAGAGAGGCAGAUGGAGUCCCAGUUGCAUGGCAACCAGCACUAAUGAAGCCAUCCUUUCAACCCCUACAACAUAUCCUGCCUCAGUCAGGGUCACUGUAAAGAUUGAUUGCUGGAGUAAGAGUAAAGCCGUCCCUUCCCUUGUCA